UGAACUGGCGUGUGGAGUACGACGACCGGAGCUUAACUAUUUUUUCAGUUUUAGAUAAAUGAUAAAUAUUAUUGAGUGAAAUAUUUAAAUUGAUAUGUUUGACCAGUGACGUGAAAACAAAUUAUUGAUAACUCGUGUGUGUGAGAAAUGCUAGCUAGUAGUCUUUAGUGACAAUUUUUUUCAAUGAAAAGCUGUUCAAAUAGCUGUCACGUUGAUGCAAUCAUGAUUGUUGUAUCAAUGUACAUCAAACGACUGAUUGAACUUAAUUCUCAAGAGGUAGAAUAGCUUGUAGAAUAAUUAAUAUUGUUAACGUUAUAAUACUAAAAAUUGUUAUCAACAAUAAAUAUGCGAUAAAUAUUGUGUUACAAUUCCAAUAUGUCAAUUUGAUAUGAUAUCAUAGUUAACUUAUAAAGUUUUCCAUGUGUACGUUACUCAUUAAGGUAGUUUGGAGUGUUAUUUACCUAAUAAUUGAGUAUACUAUUGUUAGAGUACGGUUAGAGGUUUGAAGCGACGGUACGUAUAACUUGAACACACCUAUAUGACUCUUGUGAACGUGGAUAUUCAUCAUCCACCCGAAUUUGGAGUGAGGAUGUGCACCACUGAGAUGACUGAAGGUUUCAAUAUGUCACCAUCAACAGCAUCCUCAAGUGGUACCAAUACUGGUUGCCUCGGAUCACCAGGAAACAGAAUGACACCAUUGAGAAGCUCACCAGGUAGAGCACGGGAAAUGAGAGAUGAAGUUGAUGAUGAAGAUGAGAUAUCAGUUGGCUGUCCGAGUCCAUUACCCUUAGUCGUAGCAGCUACUUUGCAAGAAGAGGAGGAUGAUAAAAGAUUGAGCCCUUCGACUGAGGAAUACAGCGAAAGAUUGACGCCCAGAAGCUAUGUUGAUGAUGACGAUAGGUAUUCCAACAGAGAUGAAGGAUACAGUGUAACACAUCCUAGAAGGAUAUCACCAAGUCAAAUAAAUCAAGUAACGAACCUACGAGAAGAUGAAGAUGGUGAUAAUGAUGAGAGAUCAGAGACUGGUGAUCGAGACGACUACUUCAAACCUCUUAAACGAUUGAAAAUGGUACCAAUCCAACAGUCAGACGAGGAAGACGAUAGGGAUCGAGAUACUAAUGAACGAGGAGUUAAAUCAUUCAGUAUUCUUGAUAUAUUGUCACAUCGACCAAAGGCUAAAAUAGUUCGUCCUUGGGAUAGCUCUGAAUCAUCCAAUCAUCACAGGCAGCAACAACUUCAACAACAACACCAACAGCAACAGUCAUUACAACAUCUUCAUCACCAUGCAUUAGUACAUUCCACGCCUAGAGAUUUAUCUCUAAUGAGUAUGUCCUUGGCUUCCAUGUCGAGUUCAAUGAGCGAACCACCUCUGAGCAGUUCUUCUUCAUCUGGAAGAAGUUCAGUUUCUGAUUCCGGAAGUCCCGACCCUCUAACGCAUCAUCAUCACCAUCAUCAACAUCACUCUUUGCAUCAUGGUCUCCAUCCUGGUAUCCAUCAUUCAGCUAUGCAACAGCAGCUCAAGAGGAAGUCCAGUGGAUCUCAGCAACAUCAGCAAGGUCAAAGUGGUCAACAUGGCAAAAGAAGUACUGGCCAGGGCAGUCCGUUGGAUGCUCUUUUUCAAAUGACCAGCAAAACAUUUGAUGCUGGAGAACAUAGUCAAGAGCAAGCAAACCAUCUGAAUCUCUUUAACAACCGCCAGCAGCCCAAGAAGAAACGCAAGAGUCGAACAGCCUUUACGAACCAGCAAAUAUUCGAAUUAGAGAAGCGUUUCUUGUAUCAAAAAUACCUGAGUCCAGCGGAUCGAGAUGAAAUAGCAGCUCAAUUAGGUCUCAGUAAUGCCCAAGUGAUAACGUGGUUCCAGAAUAGGAGAGCAAAGCUCAAAAGAGAUAUGGAAGAGCUCAAGAAAGACGUCCAGACAGUGAAUCCUCUUCUCGUGGCCCAACAUCACAAAACUUUUUUGGAGAAUGUACAAGACCUUGGAAUAUUAAAAAAGAGGCCACUGCCCAGUUCCAUGGAUGAUAAGUCAUAGAUCUCACCUUCCUUAAGUCGAGAUAUCGAAUGAUUUUAUUGUGUGGCAGUCAUGCUUUUCUUAUGAAUCACAUACCUUUUCUCGACAAAUUUUUCAAUGGGUGAUAACAAUUGAUGUCAUAUCAUUCGUAUACUCAUGUUGAAUAUAAAUAAGAUCUAUGUCAAGUCAAUCACUCUGUACUUAUGCGACUAUUUUUACUGUCUUGUAUUAUAUUGUAUUUAUUACAGAAAUUAAGAUAAUUCAUGAUUUCUAAAAAAAAAAAGAUAAAUUAUUAGCCUAACUGUAAACUAUAAUAAUGUAGAACAUAAAUUAUAUAAUGUGUACUUGAUAGCAGUUUAUUGAGAAGAAUUAUUCUUAAAAGUAUUGCCAUCAAGAGUCUUGUAAAUAUUUUUGUAAAUAUAUGUAAUAAUGAAAAAAAGCGAAGAAUGAAAAUUGUACUGAAAGAUGUUUUUUGUUUCUUGUAAUUAAUGAAUUAAAUACAAUAAAUCUAUUAAUCGUCUCACGAGUUGAUAGAUUCAGUUGAUGAAACUA